CAAAAGCCAAUUUCAUUGCCGAUCAAAGCACUGGGCGCUGCGUCCUCCUCCGUGACUUGGUAUGAACCUUCGAAUUGGAGCUUCAAACUCUCACAAACCCUUCUGAAUUUUCAAUUCCCAAUCCCUAAUUCUCAGAAUCAACAUAGUUUCUCAGCAACACUCACGCAUCACACACGAUUCGAGGUGCACUUUCCUUUUAUAGUCCUUAGGAGUUCAAUUUUGGCCUUCAUGUCCUGUAGUACUACCGUUUUGACAUGUACCACAGUGCUUACUGGGUUUCUUAUUUGGAGGAUUUGUGGAAACUGAUGCAAUGGCAUCAUCUAGCAAAUUCGAUCUGUCUUCUAGUAGCCCAGAUAGACCGUUGUAUACUAGUGGGCAGCGUGGAUCCUACACAGCCACUUCCCUGGACAGAUCGGGCAGCUUCCGUGACAGCAUGGAGAAUCCAAUCUUGUCAUCUCUGCCAAGCAUGUCAAGAAGCAGUUCUUCUGUAACACAAGGAGACUUGAUGAAUUUUUUCCAGUGCUUGCGUUUUGAUCAAAAGAUGGUGUCUCCAGACCAUAAACUUCAUCGACAAGCAAUCCUUAAACGGCUUGGGAGUGCUCUUGGCAUUUCAUCAGAUGAUUCUCCAUCUGGUUCUUCAAAGGCCAAGCUGCUACCUUCUCCCUCACCAGAUGAACUAAAACGGUUCAAGGCUGGUCUGCGUGAAAGCGUCCUUAAGGCCAAGGAACGAGGAAAAAUCUUCUCGGAAGCAUUAAUCUUAUUCAGCAAGAAUUUCCCAAGUAUACCAUCAACGUCAAAGAAGAGAUCUCGAUCUGAUGUUCUGUCCAGUGACCGGUCAAAUACCUUGCUAUUGAGUGAUAGGUCUGUCCUUGGCUCGAGCAUGGGUAAGAUGGGAACUCAAAGUAAUGCCAUCAUGGGUGGUUUUGAACUAGGGCAGCAAAAGUCAGAAGAAAGGACCAAAAGUGCUGUUCCAAGCAAACGUACUCGGACUUCUUUGGUGGAUGGGAAGGUGGACGUACGGACUAAUGCUCUUGCCAGGUCAUCUGGGGCUCUAGAUAGGGAUAGGGAAAUGUUAAAACUUGCAAAUAGUGGUGCAGUUCAGGGUGAGGAUCGGACAUUACCCAUUGCUGUUGAUGGUUGGGAGAAAUCAAAAAUGAAGAAGAAGCGUUCUGUGAUAAAGUCAGAUGUUUCUCCAAAUGCGGUGGCGACUAAACCUACCAUUGAUAGCUACCGGGAACCCAAGCAGGGAAUUCAGCAUAGGAUUAUUUCUGAUGCUCGAUCAAGGUUGAAUAAUGACUCCCAUGGGGUCAGGCCAGGAGUUGCUAAUGGAGCUGUUGGAGUUGGAAAAGUAGAUAGUAUCUCACAACAGACUAGCUUGGGCAUGCGUUCUACCAUCCCUAGAACUGAUCAGGAUAACAAUUCCCUUCUUAAUGACCGGAGAGACCGUCCUAUUGGUUCAGAUAAGGAAAGAGUGAAUCUCAGAGCUGUUAAUAAGGCUAAUGCUCGUGAAGAUUUUAGUUCUCCUAGUCCUACUUCAAACAUGAAAAUGAAUGCAUCUGCUCGGGCUCCACGAUCAGGUUCAGGUCUUUUACCAAAGGCAUUUUCAAUUGUCCAUCGAGCAACUGCUUUAAAUGAUUGGGAGCCUUCUCAUUGUACAAACAAACUUUCUCCUGCUGUUGGGGCUAACAAUCGCAAGCGUACACCAUCAACACGGUCUUCAUCACCCCCUGUUGCCCAGUGGGCUGGCCAGAGGCCACAGAAGAUUUCCCGUACUGGAAGAAGAACUAAUCUUGUUCCUAUUGUUUCAAGUAAUGAUGAAACCCCCGUUCUGGAUAGUGUAUCUGAUGUUGCUGGUAAUGAAAAUGGACCGGGAAGUGCAAGACGAUUGUCAAGCAAUUCUCCUCAGCAAGUUAAAUUAAGAGGUGACCAUUUUUCUUCAGCUACGUUAUCUGAAAGCGAGGAGUCUGGGGCUGCUGAUAUCAAAUCCAGAGAUAAGAGCAAAAAGUCUGAUGACAUAGAUGAGAAAGCAGGACAAACGCUUGUGCUGCCAUCAAGAAAAAAUAGGCUGAUUAGUGAGGAAGACCUUGGCGAUGGUGUGCGGAGGCAAGGGAGGACCGGGCGGGGCUUUCCUUCCUCAAGAUCACUCGUGCCUAUGGCAAAACAGCUUAGAAGUGCUAAACUUGGUUACAAUAAGACUGAAAGCAAAGAUGGCCGCCCACCAACUCGGAAACUUUCUGACCGUAAGGCAUAUACACGUCAGAAGCACACAGCAAUCAAUGCAGCAGCAGAUUUUAUAAUUGGUUCAGAUGAUGGGCAUGAAGAACUACUGGCUGCUGCAAAUGCUGUUAUUAACCCCAUUCAUGCAUUUUCCAACUCUUUCUGGAGGCAGAUGGAGCCAUUCUUUGGUUUUUUAUCUGAUGCGAACAUUGCUUAUUUGAAGCAACAGGGAAAUCUUGAAUCCACCACUCCAGUUCCUCUAGAUGUAGAUGGUUACAAUACUGUAGCUAAUGGAUUUGGGUUGCUUGAACAUGAGAGAGAUGUGGGUACUGGAACAGAGACUAUCAAACUUUCUCCUGAACUGUUAACACCAGGAACAAGGGCAGAUGAUCCAAUUCCACUUUGUCAGAGACUCAUAACAGCUCUAAUUUCAGAGGAAGAAUAUGAAGAGUUCCACUGUAGUGGAAAUGAAAACUUCGAAUUUGAUGAGCAUGGAAUUGGUGUUGAUCUGGACUUGGAGAUGGAAUCCAAUAGUUUGAAUCACCAAUCUCUUGGAAAUUAUAAAAUUUCUGGGUGUGCUGCUUUUAAUGGUUAUAGAAUUUCUGUUUCUGGAAGAUCACUUGAUAAUAUGGAAAAUGAUGAGCCCGAAAGCACCGGGAUUAUGUCCCAUGUGGGUGACACCCUAAAUGGCUCAUUUUCAGACCAUGAUUUAAUGCCUAGCAUCGCUUGUUCAGAAUUUCAGUACAAUAGCAUGUCCCUAAAUGAAAGACUUCUGCUGGAGAUUCGGAGCAUUGGAAUCUUUCCAGAAUUGGUGCCUGAGAAAGCUAAGAUGGAGGCUGAAGAAAUCAGUGAAGACAUCAGGAGAUUGGAGGACAAGCACCUCCAACAGGUUUCCAAGAAGAAAGAUGUGCUAAGUAAACUGUUGCAGUCUGCCUCGGAGACAAGAGAACUUCAAGAAAAGGAAUUUGAACCUCGUGCCCUUGAAAAACUUGUUGGAAUGGCUUACAACAAAUAUAUGACUUGUUGGGGUCCUAAUGCCUCUGGUGGGAAGAGUUCCAGUAGCAAAUUGGCCAAGCAAGCUGCCUUAGCUUUUGUCAAACGAACAUUAGAACGUUGUCAGAAAUAUGAAGAUACAGGGAAAAGCUGCUUCAGUGAGCCCUUAUUCAGGGAUAUUUUUCUUUCUGCAUCAUCUCACCUCAAUGAUACCCAAUCAGCAGAUACUACCGUGGAGGGUGAAUCAACCAAACCAUAUGCCAACCCUUCUGCCCGCUCUUUGGAAGUUAGAGUUUCAGCUUCUAUGGGUUCACAGCAAAGCCCUUCUCUGACUUCACGGUUGGCUCAGAACAUGGAUAAACAUGAUGUCUAUUCCUCUGAUGCACUUCAGUCAUCUGAGCAAACCACUGGUAAAGAAGAUUCUUGGUCAAAUAGGGUGAAAAAGAGGGAAUUGUUGUCGCUUGAUGAUGUUGGUGGUACAUUUGGUGCUUCUCCUUCGGGCAUUGGAAAUUCCCUUUCAACCAGUACAAAGGGAAAGAGGAGUGAGAGGGACAGAGAUGGAAAGGGGAAUAGCAGAGAGGUGCUAUCUAGAAAUGGAACUACAAAAAUUGGUCGGCCAGCAUUAUCCAGUGUUAAGGGGGAGAGGAAAUCUAAAACAAAGCCUAAGCAGAAAACAACGCAGUUAUCUGCCUCAGUCAAUGGACUCCUUGGCAAGUUAUCAGAGCAACCCAAAUCAGGACAGGCUUCUGUGCCUAAGUUGAGUGAUACUACCACAAGUAGCAUUGCCAAGGAAAAAGAUGAGUUUUCCAUGGAUGCCUUGGAUGACCAUGAGGCCAUUGACUUAUCUAGCCUGCAACUUCCUGGAAUUGAUGUAUUAGGUGUUCCUGAUGACCUUGAUGACCAAGAACAAGAUCUUGGUUCAUGGUUGAACAUUGAUGAUGAUGGAUUACAAGAUCAUGACUUUAUGGGCCUUGAGAUUCCCAUGGAUGACCUUUCAGACUUAAAUAUGAUGGUCUGAAUCUGAAUUCUAUGUAUAUUCUUGUUCAUUAUACUAUUGACAAAGGAAACAUAAUUGCUGUUAUCAAGAAAUGACCAGUUACAUGGAUGGUCAUUUGGCUGUCAGGUCUAUAAUUAGGUUAUAGAUUCUUUUGGAGACUCCCGCACAAGUUGAUUUUCGAGUGAACCCUUCGGAUGUUUUGGAUUUUGCUCCCGUAUUAAGUUGGUGACUUCGACUGUAAAGAUCUUUUUGUCCAGCGUACAAGCUAGUAUGUCCUAGCCAUUAUAUCUUAGCAAACAAAUGUUUCCUGGUUGUAGCAUUUACAAAUCAGAGAACAAUGCGUUUUGUACAUACAUUUCAUAUUUCCAAUAAAAACAGCUUUUCUUUCAGCGCAAUAA